AUGCCUUCGGAGCCGUCCAAUAAACCAUGCCACCGCCUAUCGGAUCCCGCCCAUUAUCCACAGUACAUUGCGGCCCAAUGGCAUCUUCUUCUGCGAGACAACCGCCGCUGGUCCACUGUCUUCUUACGGGGCGAACCUGAUGUGAACAUUGGUAACCAAUUGUCGGCGAGCAUGACAACUGUUUCCUUCAGUAUAUUCCAUCUGGUCUCCCGUUCUAUCUUCAACAUGACGACUGUGGAUGACUUUGAGAUUUUUCGAGUUACCCCGGAGCAUAUCUCUACGACGUCGAUCACCAAUCAGCUGGUAGAUGUCUUGAAAGCUGCUACUCGGGAUAAUAUAUACGACACGCUGAGGCAGCCUGUCGUCGAGAACUUGAGCUCCCUGGUACAGCACAACUGCGGCGUACUGGAAGCGGCUCGUCUUAAAGGAAGCGAGGGAGGCCGAGUUGUUGGCCUAGCGCUUUUUAAACUUCGUUUUCGAGGACCGCGGCAGCCGGACUGGACGUUUCUUGCUACGCCUCAGCAGGACGAGCUUCACGCGGGCAUCUUCUCAGAUGACAAAACUAAGACACGGCGACUAGUUCAUGAGGCCACGGGAGACCCCAUUCUCACCAGUUUCGUGGAAAGUCUCCAGUCUGGCGGAAAGGCGUUGCGCGAGAUUGAGGAAGAUAUCUUGAUUCUAGAGCCGGUUUUCAUCCUCCCUGAAUAUCAACACGUUGAAGGCCUUGCACGAGAACUUGCAAAAUCGGUAAUAAGAAAGGCCGUCGCUAGUAAUAUUCGAGUCAUUACCUACAAUAGGGUCGGCCAACACGAGUACUCAUCCCCGAACGCCAUCUGGGCUGGCUUCCAACCGUUGUAUGAGGGAACUCGAGUUUUUGUACAAGUCGACACAAGGGAAACACCAGACUGGGAUGGACCGGAGGUCGUCUGGGACCAUGAGUUUCAACUAUUCGGCACGCAGUACGGACAGACGAAUCAUUAUCCUUCCAGUGCCAUCGACGACCUUGGUUGA